ACCUGCAGAUGCCAGUCAGUCUCGCAGUCAACGUUCGCGAAGCGUUGUGCGGUGUGUGAUAGUUUAUUAUUUUUUCAUACUGUUCACAGCUCAUCAACCCCUCUCGUUCAAGGUGUUGUUAAAAUACGUUGAAUUGAGUUUUUCGCCCUUCCAACAAAUAUAAGUGCCGGUAAACAAUGUUUAAUAUUAAUUGGAUUACACGGAAUAUGAUAAUAUUGUGUCAAGCUCGAUGAAUGCUUAUGAAACCGGGUCCAGUGUCAGUCAAAGUGACGCGCUUCCAAAGAGUCGCCCUUUCGCCGCGUUACUCGAAUUCUCUCCUCUCUUUAAUAUAUAUACACACACACACACCAAGAAAAAUCCCAAAAGCCUUCCAUGCUGUGAUUAUUCAAAAAAGUAUCUUCUAUAAAGAGAAAUAAAUUACAAGUAAAUCACAAAUUAUUCUUGACAGAGAAUCGACAGAAUCUUUUAUAUCACAGGUGAAUUUCGCAGUGCGGAACAACGGGGUGUGUACCUCUCUCUCUCCUGAUUUAUUUCAAAUGACGCGUACGCCGGCAUUACUGCAUCUCAGUACAAUGAUGUAUCGAAGGAGAAAAUUCAUGGCGAGAAUGAGAAUAAAUCCAAAUGGAGAAAGAUAGGUUUGAUAAAAUUAAUCGCGGAAAUAGGGAUGACAGUGCUACAUAACCCCACCGGCCGGUUAAAAAGUAGCGAGAGGAUCAUCCUUAUGACGUGAGAUUGUGGAAAUCUCGAAGAAAAAUGAACUACAUGCUAUGUACCCUAUAUGGGUUCGCGAUAUUCUUUAUGAUAUUUUGGCUGUCAAUGUGGUUAGUGCAUAUUAUUGCGUUGGUGGCCGGUCGUUGGAAGCUGCAUCGAAAAGUUGCGCAAGUGCCGAUCUACGAAACGCCCUGGCCCGGUGUUUCAAUAAUAAAACCUCUAAUGGGUGUUGAUCCAAAUUUAUUUGGCAAUUUGGAAACGUUCUUCCUAUUGGAAUAUCCAAUGUAUGAGAUUCUAUUUUGCGUUGAGGACGAAACUGAUCCUGUUCUUAUGCUCGUUUAUAAAUUAAUGGAGAAAUAUCCGCAGGUUGACGCGAGGCUGUUUGUCGGUGGUUGUGGCGUUGGUGUUAAUCCAAAAAUCAACAACAUGCAACCGGCUUAUGAGGCAUCAAAGCAUGAUUUAAUAUUAAUAAGUGAUAGUGGUAUUAGAAUGAAGGAGGAUACGUUACAGGAUAUGGUGAAUUAUAUGACUGAUAAUGUUGCAUUGGUGCAUCAAAUGCCUUUCACGUGUGACAGAGAGGGUUUCGCUUCGGUUUAUGAGAAAAUAUUCUUUGGCACUGUACAAUCGCGAAUGUAUUUGGCCGCUGAUUUGUUGAGGAUUAAUUGUCAUACGGGAAUGUCGGCGCUGUUGAGGAAGGCACCUUUGGAGGAGGUUGGAGGUUUGAAGAGUUUUGGUGUUUAUUUGGCGGAGGAUUUCUUUUACGCUAAAUCGUUAACGACUCGUGGCUGGAGGAUAACAGUGUGCUCGCAGCCGGCUAUGCAAAAUAGUGGACACUGUGAAGUGCAAUCGUUUCAGGCGAGAUUGAGACGAUGGGCAAAAUUACGAGUUGCCAUGCUUCCAUUGACUAUUGUGCUUGAGCCACUUAGUGAGUGUUUAGUCCUGGGUGCUUGCACUUCAUGGGCAGCUAGUGUACUUUUUGAGUGGGAUUCCCUAGUCUUUUAUUUAGUUCACAUACUUUUGUGGUUUAUGUUUGACUGGACCAUGUUGUGCGUGGUGCAAAAUGGACCCUUACCUUUUAAUAAACUCGAGUUUAUUAUCGCUUGGUUACUUAGUGAAACCACGAGGCCGUAUUUAUUUCUGCAGGCAGUUCUUGAUCCCCUGAUUCAGUGGAGAUCGCGAGUCUACAAGUUAAAAUGGGGUGGAAUUGCCGAGGAAGUCAAGGCUAAAGUCAAAUACUGAGGAGAAGAAUCAUCUCUGUACUUAAAAAGCUCAUGGAUAAGAGACACAAAAAUUAUGUAUGUAUAUGUACAUAUAUAAAGUCACAUAUAUAUGAUGCAUAUUCAACAUACAUAUACGUAUACGUAUAUUAUAUACACGAAGGAAGGAAGAAAAAAAAAAGUAGAGACAGAAAAAAAAUUCUUUUUUCACACAUAUUAAAUUGUAUGUGUUUAAAGAAUCUCAAAAAAUAAGAAUCGUAUUUGCGAAUCGUAAUUAAAGAAAUUAAAUUAACAAAUUAAUUUUCACAAAAUAAUUCUUAUGGUAUGCUCAAAAAAUAGAAAAAAAAAAGAAUGCUAGUGCAAUGAACCGAGAAAUCUUUUUACCUAUAAUAGGUACUUGUUUGAAAGAAAAAACAAAAAUAUUAAUUUAAAUCUAGGAAUGUUAUUUAUUUCCGUAGUUAUUUCAUGCCUAAAUCUUGCUAUAUCACAGUUCUAAAGAGAGAAAGAAUGAGAGAGAAUGAAAAGUACAUAACAACCAAAAAAGGAUAGUUACAUUUUAUCGUUGUGUUCAUGAAAAAAAAAAUAAAUAUUAAAUUAAAUUGUAAUUUAGUAAAUUUAACAAAAAAAGGAGCACAAAAGUAGCAGACAAAAAAAAUUGUGAGGAAAUUGUAUAGAAAAAAACAGUGCUCAAAUCAGUCAAAAUUAUUUUUAUUACUAUUUCUUUUUUUUUAUUGUUAUCGAGUUUUCUAGUUUUUAAUUAGAUAUUUUAGAUAGGUCAAUGUUAGGUAAAGAAAGUAGGUUUGAAACAAUGUCAUCGACCAUAGAUUUGAGAGGAGAACAAAAAUGUAAUUCGUCCUUCCUUCAAAAUUGCAUUUUGAAUUUUUUGAUAAUCAAAUUGUUUUUAAUUUUUUUAUUGUUAAAAGUAAAAAAUAUUGGUAAAAUUAAAAAAUCGUAUCAUUGAAGAAAGUAAUUUGAUAUCGUAAAAUAGUUCUUUAUUGGAAAAUUUCAUUUGAUUGGAAAUAAUUUCAAACAAUUGUUUUUAUUUGAAACAAAAAUCUAGCCAUUUUGAUUGGUGAAAAAAAUGGUAAAGAAAUUAAAAUUUCGAUUGCUUUUAAUUUUUUGUUAAAAAUAAAAAAUAUUGAUAAAAUUGAAAAAUUUUAUCAUGAUAAAAUUUGUUGAUUGACAUCCUAAA